GUUUCGUGAUUUCAUUCCGGCAACAAUUUCAUCUUCUUAAAAAUUCAAUUUAAACUCUUUUAAAAUGGUUGACGUCAAGAAAUUCAGUGAAAUCGACAUUUAUGGCUUACUUGAGGUUGAAAUUUCCGCAACAGAACAGGAGAUUCGCAAGGCUUACCGCAAAAAAGCUCUAUCAUGCCAUCCUGACAAAAAUCCAGACAACCCAAAAGCAGCUGAGCUCUUUCAAGAAUUAUCACGAGUUUUGGAAAUUUUACUCGAUAAAACUGCUCGGGCGGCUUACGAUCGCAUGUUGAAUGCCAAAAAAGCAGCAGAAUUAAGGAACAAACAAUUGGACUCAAAGCGACAAAAACUGAAAUCCGAGCUGGAAGAACGAGAAAGACAAGCCCAGUCGAAUUUGUUGAAAAAAGGAAAUUAUCACACGGAAACAAAAACCCCUGAGGAGAUUUUCAAAGAAGAAUUUGAUCGUUUACGGAAGGAAGGAAGUCGAUUAGUCGAAGAAGAACAAGAAUUGAUGCGACAACAAUUGCGACAAGAAAUAUUAAAAGCUGAAAAAACGCCUUCUUGGGACUCGUCGAAGCAUCGAAUCAAGAUAAAAUGGAAGGCCGCGAAAGAUGAUCCCACAAAUGGCGGCUAUUCUGAGGAAAUUUUACGUAAAUUCCUGCAAAAAUAUGGAGAAUUAGUGGUUCUUGUGAUGUCCCCGAAGAAAUACGGAAGCGCUUUAGUUGAAUUCAAGACGAAAGAAGCCUCAGAAAUGGCAGUUCAGUACGAAAGAGGCAACAUGAACAACCCCUUGACGCUCGAAUGGAUCGGCGAAGCUCCUCAAAGCAAGCAAAAAAGUCGCGCUCCAGUCGGAUCUGCUACCGUAACAGAUGCUGACUACGAAUCUCUUGUAUUACGACAACUUCGACAAGCUGAGGAACGAAAACGACUCAUUGAACAGAUGAUGAAAGAAGAAGCUGAAGGCAGUUAAUGCCUUAAACCGUAAAAAAAAUUAAUUAAUUUCAUAAGAAUAAAGUAAGAAUUUAAUUUAUUGCACGCUUUAC